AUGAAUCCCUUCCUAGGCGACAAUCCCUUCGAUCCGCCGUUAUUGUCAGAGCUAUCACACGGCGCCAGCCUCGAUGAGAUUUGCACCUUCUUCUCGUCAGACGCGCCAGAGGUGGCAGAGGCGCCGGCUGCUGAAGUUAACUUUGACGAUGAUGAAUUUGCGGGCUACGAGAACUAUAAGAGAAUGAUCGAGAAGAUUAGCGACAGCAUAUUCUACGUUAUUGAAGCUAUUCUGGUCACCCAACCCGGCGCUGACGAGCUGGUUAAACGAGCCGGCCUGUGA